AUGUACUCGACAAUGGUUGAUAACCUCGGCUUGACGCUUACCCCUGAUUCCAUGGUCACCUUCCAAGACGCGCAAUGGCCUAUGAUAUUCCUGAGCUUCUUAGCCUUCGCUGGGAACACGUGUUACCCCUGUCUAUUACGCUUCGUCAUCUGGGUCAUGUACAAACUUACCCCGCAAGAGUCUGCGAUGAAGGCAUCGCUUCAGUUCCUGCUCAGGCACCCACGCCGAUGCUACACGCUGCUCUUCCCUAGUCGUCCUACCUGGAUUCUAUUCGGUAUACUCUUCGCCCUAAACUUCAUCGACGUCCUUCUCAUCAUCGUCCUGGAUCUUCACAACCCCGUUGUGAGCAGCCUCCCAGCAGGCCCUAGAGUAGCGGCCGCUAUCUUCCAGGCAGCCUCCUCGAGACAUACCGGAACAGCUUCUUUCAACCUUGCAGAUGUGCACCCAGCUGUGCAGUUCAGCUUGUUAGUGAUGAUGUACAUCUCGAUAUACCCAAUCGCCAUUGCAGUCCGGGCAUCAAACACAUACGAAGAGAAAGCCUUGGGUGUGUACUCCGCCGAUCCUGAUCCGGAUGAGGAAAACGGUGCUUCGUACGUCAUGAGACACGUCCAGAACCAACUCAGCUUCGACCUGUGGUACAUCUUCCUCGGAGUCUUCUGCAUCACCAUCGCGGAAGCGGGCAAAAUAACCGACGACAAGGAUCCCGCUUUUGCAAUGUUCCCCAUCUUCUUCGAGGUCGUGUCUGCUUAG